AUGGCAUUUCAAGCUGAAACAAAAAAUAAUCGUAUUGAAGGAUGGGGACAACAUAUCCUACCAUCCGGUAACAUCUAUAUAGGCAACUUUGUUGAUGGCCAAUUUCACGGCAAGGGAACCCUCCACUUUACGAAUAAGGCCAGAUACGAUGCAUUCUGGCAGAAUGGAAUUGCUGUAGAGGGAGUCUUGACUUUUGCUGAUGGUCUGAUAUUUGAGCAAGAGAACUGGUCGUAUUUGACUGAACAGGAUAGACGAUUCUAUUCGGAACGUGUAAAUGGAUUCAAAACUGGUGAACCAACUCAAUCACUCUCAUCUCCAUGA